UAGAGAAAAUGUCUUCCUCUUCCCAGGCUUCAUUGAGGUUUUUGCUUUCCAUCUUCAUGAGUGUUGUUAUGGUCACCUUCGCCAGCAAUUUCUAUAACGACGUUGAUCUUACAUGGGGUGAUCACCGUGCGAACAUACGCAACGGCGGCCAAAUUCUCACGCUUUCUCUUGACCACGAAUCUGGGUCUGGUUUCCAGUCCAAGAAUGAGUACCUAUUUGGAAGAUUCGACAUGCAAAUGAAGCUAGUGCCUGGGGACUCAGCUGGCACUGUGACAACGUUAUAUUUAUCUUCACAAGGAGGAGCCCACGAUGAGAUUGACUUCGAGUUCUUGGGGAACUUGUCUGGACAACCAUAUAUACUAAGUACAAAUAUAUAUUCUCAAGGAAAAGGAGACAGGGAACAACAAUUCUAUCUAUGGUUUGACCCCACAAAGAACUUCCACACUUACUCAGCCAUUUGGAACCGCAGAAAGAUAAUAUUCCUAGUGGAUAACAUACCUAUCAGAGUGUUCAGCAACUUGGAAUCCAUUGGUGUUCCAUUUCCCAAAAGCCAACCAAUGAGAGUUUACUCUACUAUCUGGAAUGGUGAUAGCUGGGCUACAAGAGGAGGACUUGUGAAGAUUGACUGGAGCAAAGCACCUUUCACAGCAACUUAUAGAAACUACAUUGCCAAUGCUUGUGUUUGGACAUCUGGGAAGCCAUGUCGCAACAAGUCCAUCAAUGCAGCGGAAAACGUUUUCGCUGAGGAUAAAGCAAUACUUGGUCCUAAGGGCAGGGAAAGACUUAGAUGGGUGCAAAAGAAUUACAUGAUUUACAACUAUUGCACUGAUCUCAAACGAUUCCCUAAAGGUCUACCACCAGAAUGCAAGAGAUAA